ACGUCAUCGUCUCAGCUGACCCGAGCAGAGCAGCUGAGAGCGGAGCGUCAUGGCGGUGUAGUGAAGAUCACACUCAAUGUUUACAAUCGGUUUACCGUCACAUUUUUCGUUUCACGCCGGUUUGACAGCAACCCCAAGCGACCGACGCGAUAUCAGGUUAUUCGGUGUGGUGAAGGUCCAGGACUGUGGCCUGCUGGUUUCUGCGCUGUGAUCCUCUCUGCCCACCCUUCCUGGGGCCAUGGUCGAAGAGGAGGAGCAGAGUGUGAAGGUCAAUGGCAGCCCUGAUCCACAACACCAACAAUUACAGGUCUUAUUUCCGUUGCUGUAUGGUGAGCGUGUGGAGUAUGUGGGAAGGGCUGAAAGGUCUGUCAUCACUUUAACCAGCUACCGACUUCACAUCGAACUACAAGACAACAUCAUCAACGUUCCUCUACAGGUAAUAGAAAGCGUAGACUGUCGUGAUAUGACGCAACUGCAUCUCACCUGUAAAGACGGCAAAGUUAUCAGAUGUCACUUCAUGUCGGUAGAACAGUGUCAGGAUUGGUUGAGAAGGAUAAGCGCAGUGGCACGUCCGCCGGGCAGGUUGAAGGAGCUGUUCGCCUUUACGUUCGUCUUGUGUAGCACCAAUUCUUCUGGAGAAGAGAAAGUGUUGCAUGAUGGGAUAUGCCGUGCAGGAGGACACGAGCAAAGGUUUAAGAGUGAGAUGGAGAGGAUGGGCUUUCACACCCAUAGUGCCUGGAGAAUCUCCAACAUUAACAACAACUACAGGUUAUGUGCCAGUUACCCCGAGCAAAUCCUCGUGCCUGCUGCGGUCACAGAUCAGCAGCUAGAAAACGUGUCAGCUUUUCGUUCUUGGAAGAGAAUCCCAGUUGUCGUUUACAGACACCGAAGUUCGGGCGCUGUGAUUGGUCGCUGCGGACAGCCGGAGGUCAGCUGGUGGGGUUGGAGGAAUGCAGACGAUGAGCGUUUGAUACAGUCCAUUGCUAAAGCAUGUGCCGCAGAUUUGCCGACGAGCAACGGCUCUUGCAUCCACGACUCUGAUCCUCACACGGCCAAUAGGAACACAGAGUGGGCACCAAAUGCCACGCCCUCUCAGAAGCUGCUAAUAAUGGAUGCACGUUCAUACGCCGCUGCGGUAGCCAAUCGGGCGAAAGGAGGCGGGUGUGAAUGCCCAGAGUAUUACCCCAGCUGUGAGGUGAUGUUCAUGGGCAUGGCCAACAUUCACUCCAUUCGAAGGAGCUUUCAAUCUUUGCGGACCGUCUGCGCUCAAGUUCCCGAUCCGGUGAAUUGGUUGUCUGCUUUGGAGGGCACAAAAUGGCUGCAGCAUUUGUCUCUGUUACUGAAGGCGUCACUGCUGGUGGUGAACGCAGUGGAUCGAGACCACAGGCCCGUCCUCGUGCACUGCUCAGACGGAUGGGACCGGACGCCUCAGAUCGUGGCACUGUCCAAACUGCUCCUGGAUCCGUUCUACAGAACCAUUCAGGGUUUUCAGGUGCUGGUGGAGAUGGAGUGGUUGGAUUUUGGUCAUAAGUUUGCCGAUCGCUGCGGUCACGGUGAGAACGCGGAUGACGUGAACGAGCGCUGUCCUGUGUUUCUACAGUGGCUGGAUUGUGUGCAUCAGCUCCUGAGACAGUUCCCAUGUUCCUUUGAGUUCAACGAGGCUUUUCUGGUGAAGUUAGUGCAGCACACGUACUCCUGUUUAUUCGGGACGUUCCUGUGCAACAGUCUUAAGGAACGUGAGGAGCAGCAGGUUCAGGAGAAGACCUGCUCUGUGUGGUCUCUGCUGCGGCCUACAAACCCAGCCUUCCUCAACAUCCUCUAUUCACCUCGCUCUGAGACGGUUUUGCACCCAGUGUGUCACGUGAGGAACCUGAUGCUGUGGAGUGCCAUCUACCUGCCUAACUCCGCCCCCUCUACGCCCUCCGAUGAGUCAUGCAUGCCGCAGUCCGCCCCCGUAUCACCUGAGGACACACCUGUGAGCAGGUUAUCAAAGACUCGGUCAUGUGAUGACUUGCCAGCAGCUACUCAGAAUCACCACAGCAGCGACCCCAACCUGAAUGAGACGUGGCAGGACCACCUGACGAUCACAACAGAAUCAAACAGUUCGCAAUGCAGCACCGAUGACAGUCACAGUACAUCUGAGAUGACGCUGGACCACAGACUCGUCUGCUUGGAAACAUUAAGCGGACAUCUGCCGGGACACAGGACAGAAGGGGCGGAACUCUGUGUGGAAAACGGAGUGACCGACAGCCAAUUAGAAAACGUUUUGCAGGAAGAUAACAUGAAGUUGGAGUUUCGAAUCAACACGUCUGCCCUUAGUAGUCCUGAGGAUUCUGCUUCCUCAGAUGGCAGUAAUGUGAGUGCUGAAGACCAAACAUCUGAGCAUACUGAUGAUCCAACCUACCAACCGACAUCCCAGAUGCUGUUGGCCGGUCCUGAUGACCUAGCAGUGGAUAAUGAUGUUACAGCCAGUCAUGAACCCACCACAUCUCUCACAGAGGAACCACACUGUCCAAACAGCACACACCAGUCUCCUGAUGACAUCAUCUGUGGUGAUCAUCAGUAUAACAGCACUGAUGUGCAGACGGCAACUGGAGACGACGCUUCCCUCACGCUACCCCACAAAUGCUCAUCGGGUUUUUCAGAGCAAGAGCCUGCGGUCACCCAGCGUUCAACAACAUCAGGAGAUGAGGAUAAAGAUGAGCUGAGACUACACAACGAUGUUGUACAGAUACGGCAGAUGGAUGCGGAGCGUCGUCUGCAGGUGGAUGCGUUGAAAAAGCUCUGGAGUCGCCUGCACGUCAAUGGAAAACUGUCAUCGUUGCCGGAUGGCGAGAAUAACUUUGAUCCUGGCUGUUUACCGCGGUGCAGUACUGAACUGCUGUCAGAGUCCAGCUGGGAGCAAAUCGAACAACAGGACCCAGAGGUAAGACAGUGGUACUCGGAUCACCCAGCAUCCCGUUGCUAUGGAUGCAAGAGGACGUUUUGGUUGGCUGCAAGAACACAACACUGCAGUGGCAGAGAAGCUGUUGAGGAGGACUGGAACUGUGGAAAUGUGUUCUGUGCCAGCUGCUGUGACCAGAAGGUGGCGGUACAGAGUCAACAGCUGUGUGAAUCAAAGCACGUGUGUCAGGUGUGUUACGGGCACCUGCGACCCUCGCCCGUUCCACCUGCGCUGCCCCCUGCUGACCUUGAGCUGGAGAAUCCCAUCGCUGCCAGUUCCAACUGAUGGGAUAUUUUAAUAAUUUGUUUUAAACCUGGAUGACUUUCUUCUGUGAAGCACAACGUUCAUGUCAGAGUUUCAAUGCAAUGAAAUCAAAAAAUAAUUAUAUAGUCUUCUGAACACAUACAUUAGAUCUGUAAGAAGAUGUUCCUCCUGUACAGCUGCCAAAUCUUAUUCAUGAUUUAUUUUGUCAUGAUCAUGGAGGUCGUGAGAAGGGCUGCUUUAGAGUUUCACAGAAUUAAAGUCAUUCUGGUUUUGUAUUGGUGAACUGUCACUAUAAAGGCACCUUCAUUCCAUUCACACAAAUUGUACCUUACAUCUUAAUUCAUGUAGAUACUCUCCGAGUUGGCCUGGCUCUAGAAAACGAAAUUGUAAAAUCUAGAGCCGAAAGAUUUUGCACACACUUGAUUAUCUGUACAUUAAAUAUAUCUAUAUGUAUAUUAUGUCACAUGUACAGCUAAUGAUGAGCUUUACGUGAUUGAAAACUCAAUAGAAGUGCAGUUGGAUUUAAUAAUGAGCAAUACAUGCAGGAUCUUCAAAACAUCGAUAUGUUUGGAUGACGUAUCUUCAGUGUGUCUGUUGAUGUAAAAGUCCUAAAAUGCUGCUCUUCAUCUCAGAUGGUUUCUGUUCUGGAGCCGUCUGCUGUUAAUGCUGUCGCUUAUGGAGUCCACAGGGAGCUCUGAGAUGAUUGUGUGAAUGAAAUAAAAGCUCAACACACUGCCAACC